GAGAAAUGCGCGAUCGUUAGUUGCGUGGGAAGCGGCGAAAGAGUAACGUCGUGUGUGCUCGAUAUAGCUGCCACCGGGCUGAAACAGUCUUCAUUCGUUUCGUCAAAAUAAUCAUUGCCGAGGAACGCCUGUCGAUCGUUCGCGAUUACAUGUGUUGACAAUGGCGAGGUGAAACGAAUCGACAAAUCGCAGCGAGGCAUGUCAACGGACAUCAGUCGCCAGACCUCUCAGAAGGCGAUGCUUGAAACCGGCCGGAGAUCAGCCAUAAAUACAUCCGAGCUAGGGCUUUAUUCUGAUCGCGGUGAUCGAUAUAACAGAAGUCGCUACGGUUUAAUUGUGAGGAAAUUUGCGAUCGGAAUUAUGGUGGUGGUAGCGGUGAUACUGGUGGGGAUAUUUAUGUACGAUUUUACGUCCGCCACGUCGGGGAACAGUAAAAUCAAUCAGGAAACAAAGCACAUAUACAUACUACAGAAUGCUCUCAAAAAAUUACCGAUUCCCCCGAAAAAGUCUGCGAACUCCACGAUCAUGUACGCAGCCAGGACUAAUCGUACGGAGGAUCUUUCCAUGGAAGAUCGUUCGGACGAUGAGAAUUACGAGAGUUUCGUGCAACAUAAUACAACGGACCUAAUGGCGUUCGAGACACGCGUCGCGAAAGCGAGCGAGCCCGAGAUGAGAACGCAAAAUCUGCACAACUUCAAGCAGCGGAAGAGAGUGCUGAAAUCCGUGGAAGAUGCCAAUGAAAAUGAGGAACCCGAGGCCAAGCAAUUGUUCGAUAAUCAUGCGAUCGUUUAUCGUGUGAGACAGAGGCACAAACAUCCCGAUUCGGACGAGGACGAAAAAACGGAGAUGGUACGACCUACGCCGUUUCACUGGGAAUUCAAGACGCCGCAACCGACGUCGUUCAAACGGCCGAGGUACCCACAGCUGACGCAAUACCGAUACCCACACUCGUCCAGGAGCAUCCAGGACAUCAUCAAGUACCUGACGAACAACGCGGAGGUGCCGAAUCGCGGCAUCAAGUUCACCGGCGUCUACAUGAAUCCGAAGAAGUUCGACAUGAUUCCCGACAUGGGGGAGAUGAUGUCCAGUAGCGAUAAAUCGGAGGAGAACGAGGCUCCCCCUUAUCCAAUCAAAGCAGGGUUGUACAACAACGAUCCCUUUUACCAGUACAAACCGAAACACCCGGCGGACGUUAAUCUCCUAGCCACGUCUAACGUGAGAUUCUCUCCGAGCGGAAUACAUCGAUACAGCACUUAUUACGAUCCCAUAUAUUCUAAGCCGUUGGGUUACAGCAAACCGAUCAUAACAGAGCCGCAGUACGAAACCGCUGGCGCCUUUUCGACGAAUACCGUAAUGAAGAAUCGUAAACCAAAACCGUUCAGCGUAAUGCUUGACAUUUAUCCCAUUACCGACGUUAUGGAACAGAAUAAGAAGACUACGGCGACGUGGCCCAGACCGCAAGCGUCUAUGGACGAUUUCGAUGUGAGGAGACCCGUACAAUAUCGUGGACCAAAAUUUUAUGCGCCACCUCCUCAACAUAUACCCCUCAUGACUGCACCUAGUCCUAUGACUAUGUCGGAAGAAGAGGAGAGGCAGCAAAUGGUACUUCAUCUAAACUUGUAUCCUCGAAAGAAGAAUAAGCUCAACAGAAACGAUAUCAUACACAGAUCGGAAUCGAUGGAACCCGAGGAAAGGCAGGAAUUUGCGAGAAAGAUAAUGUCUCCCUUGGAAUCGAUUGCCAAACAUUUAACUGAUCAUUCUGCGAUCGAGGAGUCGAAGAUCGUCGAGGAACAACAUUCAGAAACAACCAGUCUUCCGAUAACGCGAUAUCAUGAGAUGAAUUUGGACGAACGUUCGGAUAAGAACGUGAAAGACGAAGAUUUUGUAUUAGACGAUCCAGGAGCCUAUUCAGAUCUGGUUAACAGCGAUGGUACCAUGGGAGAUGCUAUCGUGCCUCCCAAUCACAAAAUAGACGUCGGCGAGGAUUAUGCCAGCACGGAGAGAUAUGAAAUUAAUGCGCAAAAAAUAAUUCUGACUACGGAGAAAGAUUGCGCGAAUUGCGAUAAUACAACGAUAAUCGACAGCUCAAAGGCUAACGUGAAUGAAAGCAUCGAUCUUUCGAAGGAUAUCGUCGAAGGAUCUCAACGUUUCAGUCUUUUGGGCUAAGACUGAAUGAAAAAUAUAAUUAUUAGAGAUAUAAGAUACGUGAUACGAAAAAAAAUUGUCAAAUCUCUUGAUAAUUCGAUGGUCGAGACAGUUUGAUAUUACAUAACAAUUUCACGUCACGUUCCUGUCUUGAGUCAUCGAAAAUAUCUUCAUGUAUAAUGUAAUUGUAUUUUGUUUUAGAGAAAUAUAUUUUUGUAGUUCCUUA